CGCAAAGGUGCCCGUUCGCGCUGGUGGCCGUCAUCAGGAGCGCGACGGCGCGGCCCGCACGUGCCGCCGGGACCAUGCCGAGCCCCGUCACCUGCGCCUCCUGGGUCCGCCGCGGCGUCGCCAAGGAAACGCCCGACAAGGUGCGGCUCAGCCCGGAGCAGCUGAAGCGUCUAGUCGCCGAGACCCAGGAGCAGCUGCGAGAAGGAGCAGAUGGUAAUGAUGAAGAACAUGAACAGAUUGAAGACAACAGCAUGGACACUGCUACUCUUGAGGCUGCUAAACCUUCUCGGGCAGAUGGAGACCAGGAAGAAGAUACUGAAAAGUUGAAUGAUGAUGAGCUGGCAGAAUAUGAUCUGGAUAAAUAUGAUGAAGAGGAGAACACAGAUGUUGGGAACCUUGAAGACACUUUAGCUGGUCUUACAGUAUAUGGGAGUAAUGAGCAUGAUCCUUACAUCACUAUUAAAGACACUGACCAGUAUGAGCAGGAAGAUUUUUUUAUUAAGCCCAGCGACAAUCUUGUACUUUGUGGCCGAGUUGACAAGGACCACUGCAAUCUAGAGGUUCAUGUUUACAAUCAUGAAGAGGACUCAUUUUAUGUACAUCACAAUAUUAUCUUCCCUGCCUAUCCUCUAAGUCUGGAGUGGCUAAACUUUGAUCCCAAUCCUGAAGAAACUCCAGGGAAUUAUGUUGCUGUGGGUAACAUGACUCCUGUUAUUGAGGUGUGGGACCUUGAUAUUGUAGAUUCCUUAGAACCAGUCUUUUCCCUUGGAAGUACGAAAGAGAAAAAGAAAAAGAAAGGAAAGAAGAGUUCAGCUACAGAAGGAAAGGUGGAAGGGCAUACUGAUGCAGUUCUUGAUCUUUCAUGGAACAAACAAAACAGGUAA